GCAUACGUUUCAAAUUAGAAGAAAAUCAUAUCAAAGUAUCCAGUUCCGUGAAUGGCAGUCAACACGAAAAAUUUACAAAAAAUCUGCCAUUAGAUGUCAUUGCUCAAGAUAAAAAUAAAGCUCAAAAAUGGGGCUACUUAGUCAGCGACUUUUUUGACAUUUUACAACUAACCAAACGAACAAAUAGACGAAAAUUUUAUAAUGAGAAUUUACGUAAAUUAGCCGAUAGAUGGGGAAAACAAAUAUCGGACAUGUUUGGGUAUGAUGCUAUUACACCGUACAUUCAUAUACUGGCGUCACAUAUUGCAGAGUUUUAUCAAAAAUAUGAUGAUUUAAAUAAAUAUUCAUUACAAGGUGUUGAAAAGAUGAAUGAUGUAUUAACAAUAGACUAUUUUCGUUCGACAAAUAAGAAAGGGAAGUAUCUGAAACAGAUAAUUCGUAAAAGACUAAUACAAAUAUUACUUACUGUCAAAAAAUUCGAUUUUAGAAGUAUACUCUAUCAAUUAGAAAAUGCAGAAUUACAAGUGAAAAGUAAUGACGAUUCAAUUGCCAGUGAUGAUGAAGAUGAAGUUAUUACGUACUUUAAGAAAAAUUGGUAUCGUAUGGAAGAAGAAUAUGAGUUUGAAGAUCUAUAA